UGGAGGUUUCUUCGUUCUUCCGUUGUGAUGUUUAAUUCGUUUACUCGCAGUGAAUUUAUUUCACUUAUCUAUCUGGUGGUUCAUAUCACUUCUGUUGCCACAACAAAUAAUGUUGUUGACACUAAACAAGGCAAAGUGAAGGGAGUGCGACAAGAAGUCGAGGUAGACAACAAGCAGAAAAAAAAUGUCUACAAAUUCCUCGGCGUUCCUUAUGCUCAAAAACCAAUUGGCGAUCUUCGCUUCAAGCCCCCACAAGCUCUUUCCGCUCGAAGAUCAAGUGAUUAUGAUGCAACUUCUCUACGACCAAUCUGUACACAACCUCAAUACUACUUUGAUUCUAUCAAAGGGGCAUGGCCUGAGUUUGAUGAAACGAAGGAUAUGAGCGAAGACUGCCUGUACCUAAACAUCUACACCCCAUCAAUAAAAUCCUGCAAGAAAAAGUACCCAGUUAUCUUUUAUAUCCACGGAGGAAGCUAUGUCGCAGGUACCCCUACUCGUGAUAUAUCACCAGGCGAGUAUUUGCCCACACGUGGUGUUGUUCUUGUCACUAUCCAGUAUCGACUUGGUACAUUUGGGUUCUUCACUACCGGGGACUCAGAGGCACCUGGAAAUGUUGGUCUUCUUGACCAGGUAGAGGCCCUCAAGUGGGUUCAACAAAACAUCGAGGGUUUUUGUGGCGACAAGAAUAGCGUGACUCUUCUUGGUGAAAGCGCAGGAGGAUCUAGUGUGUCUUUACACUACUUAUCACCUCUGUCCAGAGGACUGUUUCAUCGAGGUAUUGCAGUGAGUGGUGUGGACCUUUCUCCCUUCGCCUACAAACCAAAGUCUACUGUCUUAAAAGCAAGUGAAACUUUAAUCAGUAAGUUGAACUGCGAAAGAAAUAAUUCCAAAGCAACCUUACAAUGCUUACAAUCAUCCUCCAUCUCCGAUAUUAGAAAGAAUGCACCAAGUCCGUUUCUUAUGCAGCCUUUUGUAGACAAACAUUUUCUACCAGACGAGCCACAACAACUGAGAACAGAAGGAAAAUUCCGUAAACUUCCUCUAAUGUCAGGGUUUGUGAGCCAGGAAGGUGCAAUGCUUUUGGAAUCCAAGAAAAAAGAAGAGUACAACACUGAAGGGUUCAGAAAAUAUUUAGAAGAUUUUCUUAAAAUGUCAUUCCAACGUACAAAAGACAAGGCUCUCACUGCUUUUAACGCUCUAGAGUUCCAGUUCACUCCAUGGGGAUUCUUGUCGAACGGUCCUAAACACCGUAGAAAACUUGUAGAAAUGUUGUCUGACUUCUACGUUGCUGCACCAACUCAUGCUGCCUUAACCUACCAUAGUGAUUACGGUGCUCCUACCUAUAUGUUUGAGUUCGCUCAUCGCUCUAAACUCCAUCCAAAGCCUAAAUGGAUGGGCGUCAUCCACGAAGAUACGACGCCCUACAAGUUUGGUCUUCCACUUCUAAACUCCAAGACAAGAUUAAAGUUUGACGAGAAAGAUAAAAAAGUCAGCGACACUUUGGUGACCAUGUUUACCAAUUUUGCUAAAUUCGGAAAACCUAUCCCUACUCCUGUCAAAAUUAUAAAGUGGCUCAAAUUCAAGUCAUUUAGAACAUCGUAUAUGAAAGUCAAGGAAAAGCCCUUUUUGACAAGUAGAUAUUACCCACUCAGAAUGGCCUUCUGGAAUAAGUAUUUCCCAACAUUGCUUCCAGAUAAAGAAGAUUCUGUAUUGGGUGACGAAGUCGCAGACCUGUCUGGCACAGCUAACUUUGAUCAAAUGUGGUGAGAUACAGACAGAAAAACUGAUAGAAAACAGAUCCUUUAUAUCAAUUAAGUUUUAAUAGACCUACGCUAUUUACUCACUAAAGAAAUGCAUGCCAUCACAAUCAUUUAGAAAAAUUGUAUUUCGUGAAUAAAACUUGA